CGAUCCAGCCUGUUUAAACGGAAAGGACACAGAUCCUCAAUGUAAAAAAAAAAGCAGAUCAGACCCAGAGAGAGAGAGAGAGAGAGAGAGAGAGAGGGAGGAGUGUGUGUGUGCGCGUGUGUGUGAAAGAGGGAGCGAGGGAGAGAGAGAAAAGAAGAGGGGGGAAAAAGGAAAGAAGAUUUUCUCUAUGUAUAUAAAGAUGGCCACGUUAGCAAACGGACAACCAGACAAUACCAGCCUGAGUAGCAAUCACAGCAACCCCAGUACCAACGGGCAUAUGAACGGAUUAAACCAUAGUCCCGGAAACCCAUCCACCAUCCCCAUGAAGGACCACGAUGCCAUUAAGCUCUUUAUUGGGCAGAUCCCCCGCAACCUGGACGAGAAAGACCUCAAACCUCUCUUCGAGGAGUUCGGGAAGAUCUAUGAACUGACGGUGCUGAAGGACAGGUUCACUGGGAUGCACAAAGGCUGUGCCUUCCUAACGUACUGCGAAAGGGAGUCCGCUCUAAAGGCCCAGAGUGCACUGCAUGAACAGAAGACACUCCCAGGGAUGAACAGACCGAUCCAGGUGAAGCCAGCGGACAGCGAAAGCCGAGGAGAAGACAGAAAACUCUUUGUGGGCAUGCUCAACAAGCAGCAGUCAGAGGACGACGUGCGCAGGCUAUUCGAGGCAUUCGGGAACAUUGAGGAAUGCACAAUCCUUCGGGGCCCUGACGGAAACAGCAAAGGGUGUGCGUUUGUGAAAUAUUCCUCACACGCGGAGGCCCAAGCAGCCAUUAAUGCCUUGCAUGGCAGCCAGACAAUGCCGGGAGCCUCCUCGAGCCUGGUGGUGAAGUUCGCAGACACGGAUAAGGAGCGUACAAUGAGGCGCAUGCAGCAAAUGGCAGGACAGAUGGGCAUGUUCAACCCCAUGGCUAUCCAGUUUGGAGCGUACGGCGCCUAUGCACAGGCACUGAUGCAGCAGCAAGCGGCUAUCAUGGCAUCCGUGGCACAAGGCGGGUACCUAAACCCCAUGGCAGCCUUCGCAGCAGCCCAGAUGCAGCAAAUGGCAGCGCUGAACAUGAACGGUCUUGCCGCCGCACCCAUGACGCCAACCUCAGGUGGAAGCACACCUCCUGGCAUCACUGCACCAGCUGUGCCUAGCAUCCCAUCUCCAAUUGGGGUGAAUGGUUUCACUGGCCUCCCACCACAAGCUAAUGGGCAGCCCACUGCAGAAGCCGUGUUUGCUAAUGGCAUCCACCCUUACCCAGCACAGAGCCCCACUGCAGCCGACCCUUUGCAACAAGCCUACGCUGGAGUGCAGCAGUACGCAGGUCCUGCUUAUCCUGCUGCUUAUGGCCAGAUUAGCCAAGCAUUUCCACAGCCACCUCCCAUGAUCCCACAGCAACAGAGAGAAGGACCAGAGGGCUGUAACCUGUUUAUCUACCAUCUGCCCCAGGAGUUUGGGGAUGCUGAGCUGAUGCAGAUGUUCCUGCCUUUCGGUAAUGUCAUCUCCUCGAAAGUGUUUGUGGAUCGGGCGACAAACCAAAGUAAAUGCUUUGGUUUUGUGAGUUUUGACAAUCCUGCCAGUGCCCAGGCUGCCAUCCAGGCUAUGAACGGCUUCCAGAUUGGCAUGAAGAGGCUGAAGGUGCAGCUGAAGAGGCCGAAGGAUGCUAACCGCCCCUACUGAAGAGUUGUAGGAACCGCUGGAUACAAAGGACUAGCACAGGGCAGCUGCUGAAUGGGCCACAUUUAGAAAAUUAAAUAUAUAUAUAUAUAUAUUAAAAAAAGCGGGAACUGUUGGAUUACACCUUUGACAUAUCAGCAAAUAUCAAUCAAGCUGAAGACUUCAGACCUAUUCUCUCUUUGAUUGUUUAGACUGUAACAUUUCUUCAAGAAAAGUAUCACGUCUGCUGACUUGGAAGGACGCGCGCUUGAAACAAACACACAAACAAACAAAGUAAAUCAGAAAAAGGAGCAAGAUCAACCAGGAUUUCUGAAGAGAGACUGAUAUCACCACAGCGGCUUUUCUUCAAACAGGAAAUGCAAACCUGGAUACUGAAAAAGGAGUGCCUGCUUGUCACCAAGGAUGCGGCUACCAUGUUUGACCCCAUGGUAACGGUCACUGAGCAUCUUUAUCUGUCAUUCCUUAGCUAUAUAGGGACCAAAGGACAAAACUUUUUAUCGCAGACUUGUAGCUGUAUGUAAAAUAUGGAAAUUCUUUCCUUUUCUCUGAGCUGUUCCUAAAACAGUUUUUGAGAGCAAUUAUAUGAAAUAUGUAAAAAUUAAAAAAAAAUGCUUAAAUGCUUUUAAAACGGCAAGAUAAUAGUUCUUUGAUACUUUGGGAGGUUCUUUGGUUAUACAUUAAUUAGAGUCUAUGAAACUUUCAUAUGGUUUUCUGUAUAAUACGUAAGGAUCGCACUGGUAAAGGCAGGUAAGAUGGAUAUCUGUGAAAAGCAAAAAAAAAAAAAAGUAAAUAAAUAAAUACAUAAAUAAAUACAUAAAAAGGCAUAGAAAAGAGAAAGGAAAGAUGGUGGAUAUUAAAAAAACAAAACAAAACAAAAAGGGUUUGUAAAUGCUUCUAACUCUCCCCAUUUAAAAAUCCUAAUAGUUGUACAGAAUUUAAAAAAAAAAAGAAAAAGUUUAAAAUACCUAUAUAAUAGAAAAAAAAAUUAGAGAACAAAAAAAAACACAAAAAAGCAAAAAAAAAAUAAUAAUAAUAAUACAUAGAAGUUAGCGUUAAUGCUAAAAACAAAGAUGUUGUAGAACUGUAAUUUUUGUAGAGUUUAGAUUGAGCAUAAAUUCCUACUCUGCCAAUUGCUGUUGGAUGCUGUUAUUUAUCGAGGAGAAAGAGGAGAGAAAUGGCUAUUUUGGCAGCUUUUUUAACUGCAAGCAUUCCAGCUAUUAAAAACAAUAACCGAAACAAAACUCGAUUCUUGUAGACAAUGCAAA